CGGAAUCUUUUCGGUGUAACACAUCUUCUGGCAGUUAUGUCGCCGGGCGCAGAAAGUGAGCUCGUUCACUAUUAGAGUGCAUUAAAUUCAUCUUAAAUGAUUGAUUUAUCAGAUCUCUGAGGCCAUAACAGCAUCUUUAACAUCAUGUGUUUAGAUAGAAGGAGCUAAUCGCUGCAGUAUUGAUUCAUUUUGAGGUGAACCUCUGCCUGUUUGGGAGAUGGCAUCUCUGUCAGAGGAGGUGCUGCUGGUGGUGAAGAAAGUCCGUCAGAGGAAGCAGGAUGGGACCCUCUACCUGAUGGCAGAAAGAAUAGCUUGGGGUCCAGAAGGCAAAGACCGCUUCACUGUCAGCCACCUCUAUUCAGAUAUCCGCUGUCAGAAGAUCAGUCCUGACGGCAAAGCCAAGAUUCAGCUCCAGCUGGUUCUUCACACCGGAGAAAGUACCACAUUCCACUUCGCCAAUGAGAGCACUGCGCUGAAAGACCGAGAUGCUGCCAAGGAGCUGCUGCAGCAGCUGCUGCCAAAGUUCAAGAAGAAGGCCAACAAGGAGCUGGAGGAGAAAAACAGGAUGCUUCAGGAAGAUCCGGUGCUUUUCCAGCUUUAUAAAGACCUUGUGGUGAGCCAAGUCAUCAGUGCUGAGGAGUUUUGGGCCAACAGGUUAGGAGGCGUUAAUAAUGGGGAACCUGCGCCUUACAACAACAAACAGGAAGUCGGGAUAUCUGGAGCAUUUCUAGCGGAUAUCAGACCACAGACUGAUGGCUGUAACGGCUUGAAGUAUAAUCUGACGGCGGACAUUAUUGAGUCCAUUUUUAGAACAUAUCCUGCAGUGAAGCAGAAGUAUAGCGAGAACGUGCCUCAUAACCUGACGGAGAAGGAGUUCUGGACCCGUUUUUUCCAGUCCCAUUAUUUCCACAGAGACCGAAUCAACACCAGUUCACAGGAUAUCUUCUCAGAGUGUGCCAAGCAGGAUGAAAAAGGUUUAAAAUCCCUGGUGACCCAAGGAGUAAAGAAUCCAUUGGUCGACCUUUUGUCCUUGGAGGAUAAAACACUCGACGAGGGUUAUGGAAUAAGCAAAACCCUACCUUCAACUUCAAAUGCAAACAAGACGGUGAAGGAGAGCAGCAACUCUGCAAUUAUAAAGCGAUUUAAUCAUCACAGCGCCAUGGUGCUGGCAGCCGGCUCACGCAAAGGAGAUGUGCCCAACGAUCAAGCUAGUGAGACUAGCAGCACUGAUGGCAACUCCAGAGAUUCUGAUUUCUUUCAGCCUCCUCUGAAGAAGGUGAAACUACAAGAAGCCAUAGAAUAUGAGGAUCUUCAAAGGGAAAAUGCACCUAAAACAGUGGCGUUAAAACUGAAGAAGUCUGACCGGUACGCUCAUGGUCCCGUUCCUCUUCAGUCUCAACAGUAUACAACCAGCCAAGACAUCAUCAACUCCGUCAACUAUAUCCGUCAAGAGAUGGCGAAUUACAAACCCCGCCUCACUCAGGUGUUGUCCAGCACAACAGCAACGUCCGCCAUUGCAUCUCUCUCUCCAGGAGGGGUCCUUAUGCAAACUGUUGGACAGCAAUCAAUAAACCAAAUGGUUCCCACUGAUAUUCAAGGAGAGCUGAAGCACCUUUAUAUUGCUGCUGGGGAGCUACUGAGACACUUCUGGUCCUGUUUUCCUGUAAAUACGCCAUUUUUGGAGGAAAAGGUGACAAAAAUGAAGACAAACUUGGAACGGUUUCAAAUGACCAAGCUUCGUCCUUUUCAGGAGAAAAUCCAGCGUCAGUACUUAAGUACAAACCUUACAGGCCACCUGGAGGACAUGUUUCAGACGGCCUAUAACAAGUUUCAUAUUUGGCAGACCCGUAGGAUGAUGAGGAAAACCUGACCUGGGAUUAUUAUGAGAAGACAGGAGAGACUUUAUAAGUUUGGAUAAAAGAUUCUGGAAGAUCCUCUGCUGUGAGAGACCCUGUGAAACAGUUCACAGGGUCUUAAAGAGGAUAUAGACGGAUGCUGCUGUGGCCCAAAGCGCUAAACAGAGUAAAACUGAUCUCAGCCGCAGAUAAUUAAUAGUUUCAUUGUUUUUUUCUUGUGUUUCCUUUAUUGUUGAGAGAUCUUUGCUCAAAACGGGUUAGCAGCAGCACUUUGAAAGCAGCGGAAAAUGACCAAACUUCUGCUGGAAGUCGGACAAAUGGCUCCAACACAGAGAGAGGAUGUGAAGAAAGGCUGUUGUGCAGAGUAGAAGAAAAAAAUACUCUUUGUCAAACAAACAGCCUGGAUGUGAAAGUAUUAAACACCUGAAGGUUGAGGGAGCGUAAACAAAGCAAUACUGUUCAGGCAUUUCAUGUUUGACUGCAUCAAUGUGUGAACCAAUGGAAAUUGUCACUGGUUUCUAAUGUCUGCAUUGAAGACAAAAAAAAAAAAUUAAAAUGAGUCUUUUGUUUA